AUGUCAGCUCUGCGUCACUUUUCGAUCAUGCAUUUACCACCUGUCAUUAUCACACUGGCACUUCUCUCCCUCUAUAUCGCUAAGGUUAACUGGAAGGAACCCUCAAAUGAAGGAUUGAACGCUCUUCAAUUUGCGGCGAAGGCGCACGAAACGGUCCUUCUUCUUUCUUUAGGAGAUAUCCUUCUUUACCGAAUAUCUUAUGGACUCGAUCGACAAGACAUCGGUGUUCCACUUGGUUUCCUGCCAUCCUCCUUCUACCUAGCAGCACCGUUUCGGUACCUCGCAAGUCGUCAGCUAUGGGCUCCAACAUUCAAAUCUAGCAAAAAUACCAAACAUCAAUGGGCAACAGGCGCCAUGAUUGUGUCCGUCUCAAUCCUCUGCAUUGCAGCCAGCCCGCUAUCCGCCAUUGCUAUGAUUCCUCGGCUUGGUUGGUGGAAAAACGACGAUUUUGAUGCUUUUGCCGACGACGGGGGUUCGCCACUCGUUAAGUGGUUACCUCAUAUUGAAUACAGAACAGUGCUUGGUUCUGAGUCAAUACCUUUACCUGGAGUCCAAUCUCUAGUUGAUCCUAUAAAAGCUUUCCUUAGAGCUGGCGUUGACGUCGAUCUACAUACCAAUUUUGAUGAAAUGGAGUUUUCAAACAUCAGCUAUAGCAACUAUGAUGAAGGGCCCCAAUCAGUCUCUCUCGCGCAAGAAAAUGAAAUAACCUAUGCUACAUGUCCAUUAUCCAUUGUGGCAACCCUACUACGAGUUGCAGUCAAUAGAGGCGCCCAAGCAUUUCCAGGACCAUGGCUAACUACUUGCAAGCAACAGAUUCAAGGCCAUGGGGACGGAACAGCAUGGAAACAGCCUUUGCUAGCUGUUAAAUGUCAAUAUGGUCUUCCAGACUCUCAUUUCUUCAAUUUCUCUUCUGUAUUGUUAAAUGAGACGCUUACACUUGAUGGCGACAAGGACUUAGCUGGCGUGGACUUACAUAACCUCACACGGGGCGACCACCGAUUUCUAAACCUUCGAGCCAACAAAAACUGGCCAGUGAGCGCCGACAUCCUUUUUGGCUCCUCCGAGAACAAGUUCACACUUUGUUUGGUGUUUGCCCGUUGGUCUGCUGCCGAUACAUGGAUUGAGCUACCCCGGUCAUUCCAAACUUGGAGCAAUUUCGAAGAGCCAAUAGUUCAAAGCAUUAGUAACAGGUCGAGUGACUUCAUACAUUUAGAGGACAAGUGGAUGGAUGGAAUUGCGACUUUCUCCCAUAAGUCGGUUUUUGACUCUAUGGCAGAGAUAUGUGAAGCUGCUCCUUCCUUCGUUCCAAGAUGUUAUGAACAUGCUCUUGCUUUGCAUAUUACCGACGGACUUGCUCAAACAGGAAACGUCUUCUUGUCGCCUGGCUAUAAGCCGCAGACUGAACAGUCAAAUGAUUCAACAAAACAAGAGGACGCGAUACUCUUCAUACGGUAUUACUACACAUACGCCUAUCGCUUUGAGAGCAGCCGCGGAAUCCCCUUGGCAUUUACUUUCCUCCUUCUGCACGUCCUGAUGGUUUUGACACAUCUGGUCAAAAUCAUACAAUCCAAGGAUCCUUGGCAAGGCUCAGAUUGGGACAAUUUCGGAGACAUGUUGGUUCUUGCUCUUGCAUCCAAACCACCAGACGGCACAAACGAUUUGGCUCAACAAUCUUCCAAGUCUGAACUAUGGAGGAAGACAGUUACAGUUGGUUGUGAAGGCGAUGAAGGAUAUUUUCAGAUUCGUCUGAGAGAGCAGGAAGGCUACCAAAGAACACGUCAACAGGAGGAAGAAUCCGGAGGAGAUUUUAGUUAG